AGUCGCGCAUACAGGGAAGAAAAGUACCCUCCAGAGUCAUCAUGACGCAGUCUUAAGGAAACUUUUUCACGGAGCACAGAGCUAUUUCAGUCUUUCACUCUUUUAUUUUACCGAGCAGUUUCACUUCCCUGAGUGUUUUCCUUGUCCCGUUUACGAGCCGCCGCGCACCGGUGUGAUGCCCGCCGGGAUGUUCAGCAUAGACAGCAUCCUGUCUGGCCGGCCGAGCUGCAAGGAGCCGCUGCUACUGCACCGGAGCGGCCCGGUGGUGCUGUCCGCCGGCCUCACGGACUCUAUCUACACCGACUACAACGGACUGUACUCCGCCACAUGUGGGCCUCCUCCCCCCGGAGUUCAGUCUGUGAACGGGACCAGGAUAGGAUAUAACAGCUACUACUACGGACAGCUGCACGUCCAGGGCGCAGGAGGAGGGCCGCCGUGCUGCGGCUCUGUGCCUGGCCUCAGCCCGCAGCAGUGCCCCUGCAUCCCGACAGGCUACGACAGCCCGGGUUCGGUGCUGAUCUCUCCGGUCCCACACCAGAUGAUGUCCUACAUGAACAUGGGCAGCCUGUCGCGAACCGAGUUGCAGCUCCUCAACCAGCUACACUGCCGCAGGAAGCGGAGGCACCGCACCAUCUUCACCGACGAGCAGCUGGAGGCUCUGGAGGGCCUCUUUCAAGAGACCAAGUACCCAGACGUCGGCACCCGGGAGCAGCUGGCCCGCAAGGUCCACCUCCGGGAGGAGAAAGUCGAGGUUUGGUUCAAAAACAGACGCGCGAAGUGGAGGAGGCAGAAAAGGUCUUCAUCAGAGGAAUCAGAGAACUCUCAGAAAUGGAACAAAUCGACCAAAACGUCCGCAGAGAAAACGGAGGAGAGUAAAAGCGAGGUGGACUCAGACAGCUGAUACUAAAAGCGACCAACACGGCCACGCGCGCGCGCGUGUGUGUGUGAGUGUGUGUGUGUGUGUGUGUGUGUGUGUGUGUGUGUGUGUGUGUGCGCACAUAUCGUGGAAAGUGGUGUGGACUCGACGACAUGCUGGUGGUGUGAUGAAAAGUGUUGCCAUGUUGCACAGUUGUACAUAUCUACAUUUUAUUAUUGAUUCUGUGUCCGCUAUUUAUAUUUAAUUUAAGUUUUUUGUACUGUUACGCAGGCCAGGGGACAGGACGAUUGACUGGCAUGUCUGAAUAUAUAGUAGCAAUGUUAUAUGUGACAUUUUUAUGAAUAUUAAAUGUAGUAAUUCAUGGUCUUUUUUCCGUUGUAACUUUAUUAGCGGCCAGCCGCCGCCGGGAAACAAGCGGAGACUGUAAAAACAUUCACAGAGCUGUUAAGAAGAAUAUGGCGAAUUUUUUAAUGUUAUUUUAAU